AUGCCGCCCAAGCGUCCGCCACCGCUCGUGCCGAAGAAGCCCAAUCCCAGCAUGAACUACGAGGUGUUGAUCUACCUCAACUCGUUCUACUUCGGCAUGUUCGCCUGUUGCGAGAUGGCCAUGGGCCUCCUGAAGGCCAUCAAUCUCAGCUACACGGGACAUACUCUGGCCCUGGACACGGGGGUGAUGAUUAGCUUCAUUGUCUUCGAGACGAUCCGAUUGAUAAUGGGGCGCAUGAGUUCGCUGGCCGAUCGAGGCUGGUCGGCCAUACUGUCGGUCUUCAUGACCGCGCCCUGCUUCGUGGGCGUCUCCUAUCUGCUGCUGCUCCAGACCUACCGACUGCGCCUGGAGUACUGCCUGUGCACGCUGCAGAUCGCCCUUUACCUGACCGAGGUGUGGUAUGCCAUCGUCUUCGUUUUCUCGCUGUGUCGUCCAGUAACUUAUGAUUAGCCACAUAGACAGAAACAUCCAACAGCCAACUAGCAGCAAAUAUACAUGCGAAAGUUUAGCAAUCUGCAAGAUCGAAAAAGGAUAAAAAGCAGAGUAAGAAAAUGUAAUGAAGAUGAAAAGCACUAGGCAGCUGAAUUGCUCAUGGCCGUGGAGAAGAGAAACCAAACAGAAAGAAAAGAAAACAAAACACAUAUGUAGCAUAUUAAUAAUUAUGUAUAGUAAGGUUUAUGAUAACAUACACACACUCUUAUAUACAUAUAUUUAACGGUUUUAUAUACAAAAAUUGUUAACAUUUAAGCAUCAAUUGGAACCAAUAUAAGACAACAAGCGAAACCUAAAACUUGAAUAAUUUUCACAAUUUUAAGAUGACAAUUUUUUUGUAAAAAAAUAUUGAAAAACAAAUUUGAUGUGUGGAAAUAAUAAUUUAUAAUAGUUCACAGAUAGCUCGAAUCUUAAAAAGAAUUGUAAAAAAUCAUUGGAAUUUAUCACAAAAUCUAGUCAGCAUCAAAAUCAUGAAACAAAUGGCCGAAAGGGCAUUAAAAUGAUUUAUUACCACUAAGAGGCAGCGUUUAGUAGUUCAUACCAAUAUUCAAAAGGCGGAGAACAACAUAAUGGAGCCCAGUUAAAAGUCUAGACCAUGUGUGUACUUUAAUGAAACUACUUUAUAUAAAACUAGCAAAUAGCGUAAAUAACAUGUUCAAGACGUCACUAAAAACAAUGCAAACCCAAGCGGGCAACCGUUUACAAGGUAGCGAACAACAAAUUAGCUAAAUCAUAUAAAACAUUUAUAGAGUGUUAAAAAACUAGGCGAAAACCCUCCAUUACACUUCUCCCCAAUUCAGCCUAUUGGCAACUCAAAAUCACGCUCAAUUAUCCCCGCCUGAAAGGAAACGACGAUUACAGCUCCUCCAAUGCUAGUCACUAAUGUCCACAAACAUUUUCGAAGCUAGACCGAAGAUUGUGUAAUAAUUUGUAAGACCUUUGUGUGGUUUCAUAGCAAAAUAACGCACAAAUCGAUCACAAAAACUCUCAAUAGUCCACAAAUCUCAUGCUUUUAAAACCAAAGAAACAAUUUUACUGAAACCAAACAGCUGGAAGCUAGAAGCUGAAAGAAACCCAAAGCCAGAUCCUACGUUGAAUAAUUUACCUGUAUAAUAUUUAUGUCAUUUCGUUAAACGCAAAAUGUUAACAUACUUUUAAAGCGCGUGUAAAACGGAUAGUUAAUAAAAAAACAACAACAAUA